AUGAGAAUGUGGAUAGAUAUAGCAAUUGAAAGAAGUACAAGAAUUAUAAUUAUUCUUUUACUAAUUAUACAAAAGAAACCACUGCCACCACCACCACAACGACAUAAAGUAUUAUCGGUAUUAGAUGGAUUAGAAGAAUUAGUUCAUGAACUUGAUUUUGACACAAAACCAUCUAAAGGGGAAGGAUUGAAUCUAUAA